GGGGCUUCUUUGUUGUCGCUGUCGUGAUGGGCGUGAGGAUCUGAAGACUGCUCUCUGUCCUCUGUUUGCAUUUAAAAAAAAAAUAACAACAAAAAUCAGAUAUUUAUCCGCUGGAUAGUUUUAUUUACAGGGAGCGGCUCUUCUUCGUGGACCAUGGGGAGCUGUUUGACCGUCGGACCAAAUGAAGCCUUGGUGGUUUCUGGUAGUUGCAGUGACGGUAACAAGAAAUCCUACAUCAUUGGAGGAUUUGCAUGGGCUUGCUGUUGCGUUACUGAUGUUCAAAGAAUAAGCCUGGAAGUCAUGACUCUCAACCCUCUAUGUGAAAGUGUGGAGACGGCAGAGGGGGUGGCCAUUACGGUCACCGGGGUCGCCCAGGUGAGAGUCAUAACGGAGCACGACUUGCUGGCUGUGGCCUGUGAGCAGUUUCUGGGGAAAACAGUAGAUGAAAUCAAACUUGUGCUUCUGCAAACCCUGGAGGGACACCUGCGCUCCAUUCUAGGUACAUUGACUGUGGAGCAGAUCUUUCAGGACAGGGACCAGUUUGCCAAACUCGUGCGGGAUGUUGCUGCUCCGGAUGUGGGCAGGAUGGGGAUUGAGAUUCUCAGCUUUACUAUUAAGGAUGUGUUCGAUAGAGUGAACUACCUGAGCUCCCUGGGUAAGACCCAGACUGCUGCCGUGCGCAGAGAUGCAGACAUCGGCGUGGCCGAGGCGGAGAGGGACGCAGGAAUACGAGAAGCAGAAUGUAAGAAAGAGAUGAUGGAUGUGAAAUUUGUGGCGGACAUCAGGAUGGCCGACUCCAAACGAGAGCUGGAGCUGCAGAAAUUUGCAUUCAACCAAGAAAUUAACACUAAGAAAGCAGAGGCGCAGCUGGCGUAUGAGCUGCAGGCAGCUAAGGAGUCUCAGAAGAUCCGGCUGGAGGAAAUAGAGAUCGAAGUGGUUCAGAGGAAGAAACAGAUCACCAUAGAAGAAAAGGAGAUUGACCGCACAGAAAAAGAACUUGUUGCCAUUGUGAAGAGGCCAGCCGAGGCCGAGGCCUACAAACUGAGGCAGCUGGCUGAGGGGCAGAAGCUGAAGAAGAUACUGAUAGCACAGGCUGAAGCAGAGAGAAUCAGGAAGAUCGGUGAGGCACAGGCCGCCACCACUGAAGCCGUGGGAAGGGCAGAGGCUGAGAAGAUGAAGCUGAAGGCAGAGGCGUACCAGCAGUAUGGUGACGCCGCAAAAACUGCACUGGUCCUGAAUGCGCUGCCAAAGAUUGCAUCUGUAGUGGCUGCACCUUUGGCUAAGACAAACGAGAUUGUCAUUCUUAGCGGCGAUCGAAGUGGAGUGACGGGUGAAGUGAACCGGCUCCUGGCAGAACUCCCCGUGUCCGUCAAUGCUCUCACUGGAGUGGAUUUAACAAAGAUACCUUUGCUGCAGCAGCUGGCACCUUCUCGCAUCUGAAAACCCAAAACUCCAUGCGACAUGCACCAUCAUGGACUGCCUUUGAUACCCUUUUUAGUUCAUUUCUAUGUAUACUUUGUAUACACAAAGAAUUCUGGAAACCUCUGGUGCCUUAAUUUAUACAGGACCAGAAAAUCUGCAUGAGGUGUUGUCCGUUUAUGUUUUUUUAUUAUUAUUAUUACGGUAACAUUUGUUUAGAAGUGGAAAAAUGUGAAACAUUUUAAAUUCCUUAAACAGGUCAGUGGUUUUGUUGUGGAAAAAAAGGGGAACAGAUACCAGAGAACUGCAAAUAUGACAUAUUCUGCCAUGUGGCACUGCGUUUUAUACAAAACAGCCACUUACUGUCACAAUUACCAGCCACCACAUAAGGUCAGCACCUUUAUCGUGUAAUUUUUUUUAAAUUUUUUUAUAUUUGCAUGAGCUCACAGUGGAACAUGUGUAGCUCGAGGAAAUCAGUCCAUGUUUUAGCUCUUUUUAUUUAAAUACCUCUUUUGAGACAUAUUUGAAUUAUUUAAAUAAUCAUUUGUUGUGGGUGUAAAUAUGUACCGGUAUUCAUAAUUUCUUUUUUUUUUUUUUGCAAUCAAAUGUGUUUUGCCUCAGUUGUUUGUGUUUUUAAGCAAAAGAGCUCUCGCACAUCUAUUUUUGUUAACCUUAAUUUUUCUAAUGUUUGCAGUUCUGAUGAUUUUGGGAUGGAAAAAGCUUAUUUCACUGUGACAAAUCCUUUUGGAAUUUGUUAUUGUUUCAGAGGUUAAAAACAGUUAGUGGACACUGAUUUUGUGCUGAUGUGAGCAUCCAUUAGUGUUGUUUAGCAUUUUGUAAGUUUAAUUUUUGGGCUUUCAUUAAGGCUAAGAAAAAGAUAUAAAAAAGAAGCAAUAGGAAAAAAAAUGUUUACUUUUUUAAAUUGUGUUACUGUGGUUGAAAAAUAUGAAUAGUUUAUUAUUUGAAUAAUUUUUAAUGUGACAAAGAGGCACUUGUAUAACAAUGUAGAGUUUCUUCUAAGUUUAUUCUACAGUUAUCUGUAGAGGCAAAGCCAUGUUUAAUAGGAGGAAACAACCCAAAUUUUAAUAUAUUUUAGAGAAAUGCACUUUCUGUUUGAUGCAUUUUUAUAUAGCAUUUUAAAUAUGCCCUUUCUUGAGUCAGAAUCAUCAUUUUUUGCUGUAAACUGUUACCAUUUCUGCAUUUUUAGGCUUCUGAACAAACAACUGACUCCCACAUGAUAACAUUUCUUACAGGGUUUUUUUUAUUUAUGGGUCAAAUAAAAGAUGAUCUCAAGUCAGCAUGAUGAUUUAACACAUCUUGUACUUUUUUCCUGGCUCAUAAUAUGUAGAGCAUGCAAACAAAACCCACAAAUGACUGUUAUUAUUAUUAUUACUGUUGAUGUUUGAAAUUGUCCAACCUAAAUUUGUAUUUCUACUGUAUGUCUGAAACAUCCAUGAGCUAAAAACCUUUUUGCAUGUCAGUCAUCUUGUAUGCAGAGGAGCUUUCUCUUUUUUAACCAUUGCUAUAAUAAAUCAGACAAAAAAAACAAUCUGCUUUUUUACAUAUAUUAAAAAAGCUUUCAAGAAAACAACAAAUAUUUAAAGUAGACGAUCACAAAUUUAUGUCAAUAUCGAUGUAUGUUUUAUGAAAAAAACAGUUUUAGAACAGAUAAUAAAUGAAACAGAAACUU